AUGACACGACCCCCGAGCCCAGGCCAGGCUCACCCCGGGCACCGAAGAGCAGGCUGCAGCCUCCCGGCUCCGUCCACACGUCCUCCCGGCCCCGGACACAGAGGUGGGAGUGGGACCGUCGGGAGCCGGCCGGCCGGUGCCGAGAACACUUCCCGUGAGAUCCAAGAAAUUGAUACGAGGAGGGGAAAGACCAGAAGGAACUAUUCCAGGAACAAGAAGGAAACGCGAGGAAGUAGACAGUCUGCCUCCAGCAGUGCACAAGGAAAUGCCAAAGCCGACGGCAACACCCAAGAAGGCCAAGAAAGAAAAAAAGCCAAAAACAAAGGCGCCCAACCAAAAAAAGAGAAGAAACCAAAAGAGAAGGCUCCAAAGCCCAAGAAAGAGAAAAAACCCAAAGAGAAAAACUCAAAACCCAAAAAUGACAAAAAACCCAAAGGAAAGGCACCAAAAUCUGAGAAAGAAAAGAAACCCAAGAGACCAGUGCGCAAACCUGACGAUGCCAAGGACCCUCUGCAGGAAGAGAAGCCUCGACCAGAGGGAGAAUACAGGGAAAUUACAACUGUACCUGCAACAGAAAUUGAAGAAGAAGUUGUCACAGGCUUGGAAAAUUUUGAUUAUGACCUGUGGCCAACUGAAUCCCCCAACAAGCCAUUCACUUCACGUCCUCUUAAAGAAUACUACACCGUGACAAAGGAAACGACCGAGAGGAGAUGA